UGUGUGGUAGCGAGAGCUUGAGGGGAAGCUCCGCCAAAGCAGGCGGAGUCGGAAACGCGGAAAGCUCGAAGCUGUGCGCCUGAGAUCCGGAGGAGCUGCGCGCUGCGCUCGGGGAGCUCACAGCGGAGCUGCCGUGAUCCGUUGGCCUUUUCCACAUUGGAGCAUCACCGCAUCUUGGUUAAAUCCUUUCCCAGUUAAGCUUGAGGCAUCCGGAGAGAAAGUAUUCAGCGUAAACCCCCCUCCCCUCCCAUUCCCUUCGCCAGGUUCGCCAGGCCCUACAUCCAUCCAUCCCUUUCUUUUCGAAGACCGGACUCACAAGCAGAAAGCCGUCUCUCUCCGGGAAUCUGUCCUCUCCUUCUGCGUUUAUAUACUCCUCUGAAAAUGGACGGUUUCGCGGGCAGUUUAGAUGACAGUAUUUCUGCGGCGAGUGUUUCGGACAUGCAGGACCGGCUGUCGUCUCUGGAGCUGCGUGUGCAGCAGCAGGAAGAUGAGCUCACCGUGAUGAAGGCUGCAUUGGCCGACGUGCUCCGACGCCUCGCUCAGUCUGAGGACAUGGCUGCCAAAAAGCAGCAGAACACCAAAGGGCCGACUCCACUGCGCGAGGCUUUCUCCAUGUCCUGUAUCGCUAACGGUGGCUCCAGCGGUGGCUCCAAGUCUCACCGAGGCAGCUCCAACGUGUCCAUAGCCAGGAAAGAGACGCUGUCCUCCGCAGCCAAAAGCGGUGCCGAGAAGAAAAAAGACAAGCCUCCGCUAGAGGAGAUCAAGGAGAAGGAAGAGCCGCCACAAGCUAACGAUAAACCCCCUUCAACACCCAGCACACCACAGGCACCGUCCCCUUCCAGCCAACCCCCUUCCCCUCAUCCCCUGCAGCCCCAGAAGGCCACUCAUGAGAGCAAGGGGUCCUCCCCAGCCAAAAGGGGCCACAGUGCAAAGCGUGGUGGAGGAAUGGAGCGCUCUCAGAGCACCACAUGGGACAGCGGUGAGGAGAACAGGAACAAGCUGGUCAAAGCCGCCUCCACUUCCAAACUGCUGGCCAAAGUUGUGAAGAAUUCAGAGAAACACAGAGAUCCAGUUAUCAGCCAAGCCAAAAUGUCGACCCGUGAGAAAAACAGUCAAGAGGGCGACUACAUCAAGAUGUUCAUGCGAGGACGACCAAUCACCAUGUUCAUCCCGUCUGACAUCGAGAACUACGAUGACGUGCGAACUGAGCUGCCCUCGGAGAGACUUAAACUGGAGUGGGUAUAUGGCUACAGAGGCCGAGACUGCAGGGCAAAUGUUUAUCUGUUGCCCACAGGGGAGAUCGUCUACUUCAUCGCCUCAGUGGUGGUGCUGUUCAACUAUGAAGAGCGGACACAGCGUCACUACUUAGGGCACACUGACUGUGUGAAAUGUCUUGCUGUUCACCCGGAUAAGAUCCGCAUCGCCACAGGGCAGAUCGCAGGAGUGGACAAGGACGGCAGGCCUCUGCAGCCUCAUGUGAGGGUUUGGGACUCUGUCACUCUACAAACCCUGCAGAUCGUUGGCUUGGGCACGUUUGAAAGAGGAGUGGGAUCCCUUGCUUUUUCUAAAGCAGACUCAGGCAUUCACCUCGGCGUGGUGGACGACUCCAAUGAGCACAUGCUGACUGUGUGGGACUGGCAGAAGAAGUCCAAAAUUGCUGAGAUUAAGACAACCAACGAGGUGGUCUUGGCUGUUGAGUUCCACCCAACAGACGCAAACACAAUCGUCACCUGUGGCAAAUCACACAUCUUUUUCUGGACGUGGAACGGCAACUCUCUGGCUCGCAAGCAGGGCAUCUUUGGAGUGAGGACACACACACACACAAAUAAAUAUGAAAAACCCAAGUUUGUGCAGUGUCUGGCCUUCCUUGAUAGUGGUGACAUUCUGACCGGAGACUCCGGAGGGGUCCUGCUUAUCUGGACCCGCAGCACAGCGGAUCCACCACCAGGCAAAGGACUUAAAGCAUUUCAGAUCAGCCGUCAGAUCAAGGCCCACGAUGGCAGUGUUUUUACACUGUGUCAGCUGAGGAAUGGCACUCUACUGACUGGAGGAGGUAAAGACCACAAGAUCAUCCUGUGGGACCACAACCUCAACCCCGAGAGAGACAUCGAGGUUCCAGAUCAAUACGGAACCAUCCGAGCCGUGGCAGAGGGGAAGGGAGAGCAGUUCCUCGUGGGCACGUCACGCAACUUCAUCCUGAGGGGCACUUUUAAUGACGGCUUUCAGGUGGAGGUGCAGGGUCACACAGAUGAGCUGUGGGGUUUGGCUGCUCAUCCGUAUAAAGACCUUUUCCUCACCUGUGCGCAGGACAGACAGGUGUGUCUGUGGAACUCAGUGGACCAUUCACUGGAAUGGACCAGACUGCUGGACGAGCACGGUCACUGCGCAGACUUCCACCCUAGCGGUGCUGUGGUUGCCAUUGGCACUCAUUCAGGGAAGUGGUAUGUUCUGGAUGCUGAGACUAGGGACCUGGUGGCCAUCCACACAGACGGCAAUGAGCAGCUGUCAGUGAUGCGCUACACUGUGGAUGGUACACUGCUGGCAGUGGGAUCACACGAUAACUUCAUUUACCUCUACACGGUGUCGGAUAAUGGACGCAAGUACAGCAGAUACGGGAAAUGCUCUGGACAUUCCAGCUACAUUACGCAUCUUGACUGGUCCCCCGACAACAAGUUCAUUAUGUCCAACUCAGGAGACUAUGAAAUCCUCUACUGGGACAUUCCAAAUGGCUGUAAGCUGAUUCGUAACCGCUCUGAUUGUAAAGACAUCGACUGGGCCACAUACACGUGUGUGCUGGGAUUCCAUGUCUUCGGAGUGUGGCCCGAAGGUUCAGACGGAACAGAUAUCAACGCUCUGGUCAGAUCUCACAACAGGAAAGUCAUUGCUCUGGCUGAUGAUUUCUGCAAGGUACAUCUGUUCCAGUACCCCUGCUCCAGACCUAAGGCCCCAAGUCAUAAGUACAGUGCCCACAGCAGUCACGUGACCAACGUUAGCUUCAUGCACAACGACAGGCACCUGGUGUCGACAGGCGGCAAGGACACCAGCAUCAUGCAGUGGCGCUGCAUGGGCAUGAGCGAUCCCAUGCAGAACUCAAGCACACGAGUCCAGGCCCCUGUGGCUGCUGUCCCCACCUCUCUGCCUAUCACCAGAAUGGAACCUGACACCAAUACGCCACCCCCGACCCCUACUGAGUCGCUGGACGCCACCCCUAACGGACAGCAAGAAAACCACGAAACUCCACCUCCCACAGAUGAGCCCACGCCCACUUCCGAUAGCACCGUGAGCCCAAAGGACAGUCUGGAGCCAAGUGAUGACACAGCCACGCCCAGCGACGAGGGCACACCCUUCACUCCGCCCUCUUAAAACUGGUGGCCGAGGUGAUCAGCCCUGGUCUCCAUUCGAGUGCUUCACCCACAGGCACUACGCUUGCCGUGAAGGUUGCAGCGCAUGCACAGGGGCUCCUUAAAAUUUUAAUCUUUUCAGGUUCUUUCUAUGUUUCUUUCAACACAUGUAUGUAUGUCGUUAAUCCGAGAGGGAGAAAAGAGGCAAAAAUGAAUGAAGUAUCGCCGUUGUGUUGCCCAGGAGGAAUCGUGCUUCGUAGAUUAAAAAAAAAAAAAAAAAAAAAAAAAGCUGUCGAAAAUACACAAACAGACACUAGCAUGCCCGGAUACACUGAUACACACAAACACUACACAAACAUGAGGUUUACUCCAACACACACACACAUAGGGGCACAUACCAAAAAAACAAAAACAAAACAAUGAUUUAUCAGAUCAUCAAAGGAACCUUAACAUAGAAUAAAAUAUCUGCCAGUAUAAAUGCAAAGUAUAGCUGAAAUUAGUGAAAUUAUAGAAUAUAGGCUUAUGUUAAGACUUUUAAACUAAUCAUUUACUCUAUUUUGUGAAUAAUGAGGAUUCAGAAUCUUUUUUGUUGUUGUUGUUGUUGUUGUUGUUGUGAAAUGCCUGCAUAGCAUCUUUACCUGAGCCAAGAAUCUUUUGAAAAUGCCAGGCAGGUAACACUGACUCAUUGAAUGGACUCAAACUCACUCACUGAGCUCAUUGGCGUCUUCAUCAUCAUGGACAAAAUUUUAAGCAUGGCAUGAAGCUAAUUAUUGAUGAUCGACUAGGUAUAUUAUCAAUCAGAUUAUUAACACACACACACAGACACACACACAUAUAUACACACAUCCACACACAGUUUUUCUGAGGCUGCAGUUUGUUAAAAAUGUUCUUCUGGACUUCAUCUGGUGCGUCUCUGAAGCUCUGGCCAGCACGGCGUAUGCAGAUCAGAUCAGCAGGCUGUCUCAACGUCUUCAGCAUGGAUCGUCUCGCAAAAAAACAUCCUCGAACAGACUUCAUCUAAACUCCUCUUAUCCAAGCGCCACAUUUUUUUUAACCUGAAUUCUUUAGCACUGUUCUUUUUCCGUUCGAGAUUCGUUUUCAGUCUGUUUUUUCCCCCUUUAUUCUGUUCAUUGGACUGUUUUUUUUUAAUUUUUAUUUUGAGAGUAGAUUAAAUGAGUCUUAAAUGUGUGUGAUUGUGUGUGUGUAUGAGAUCACGUGCUGAUGGAUGAGCUGAUUAUUUUUUUUUUUUCCUUUCAUCUUUCAUUCCACAAGAUGUUAGUGCAUCUUCCUUUCCUCCUUCCCACAGGAACUCAGGAUCACUCUUUAGGUCAUCUUCCUAGUCAGAGUGUGGGAGAGAGAUCUGUCCUUGUUGUCCGUUUUUUUCUUUCUGAGUGUUUUUCACCACUUCAGUAAUGCAUUGUGACAAAGAUACUGGGUUAAAGGAUAAAAUAUUGAAGUGUUUGAUGUAUUUUAAGCCGGAGCUGCAGCACCGAAGAGAAGUCUCCGGUAACAAUCUUGGUGGCUCUUCACUCUCACUGUUUCUUGUUCCCAGUAACAGAGACGUGCUUUUUACAGUUAUGAAAGAGUGAAGCACCAAAUCCUGACAGAAACUGCCUCCAAAUUUAAUGAUGAUCCUAAAUCUAGACCUGUUUUCAACAUGCACUCAUCACCUUCCCUCUGUUAUUUAGGUAGACCAUACAAAAUACUAAGGUGCUGCUACUAGAGCUGAUUUUCAGUAAAUGUAUAUACAUCACUGCUGAAACUGUAACAUCCUUCUAACUCUUGUAACAUCCUUCUAACUCUUCUAACCUCCUGCUCCUGUUAUAACAUCCUUCUAACUCUUCUAACCUCCUGCUUCUGUUAUAACCUCCUGCUCCUGUUAUAACCUCUUUCUAACUCUUCUAACCUCCUGCUUCUGUUAUAACCUUCUGCUCCUGUUAUAACCUCUUUCUAACUCUUCUAACCUCCUGCUCCUGUUAUAACAUCCUUCUACCUCUUCUAACCUCCUGCUUCUGUUAUAACCUCCUGCUCCUGUUAUAACCUCUUUCUAACUCUUCUAACCUCCUGCUCCUGUUAUAACCUCUUUCUAACUCUUCUAACCUCCUGCUCCUGUUAUAACCUCUUUCUAACUCUUCUAACCUCCUGCUCCUGUUAUAACCUCCUGCUCCUGUUAUAACAUCCUUCUAACUCUUCUAACCUCCUGCUCCUGUUAUACCAUCCUUCUACCUCUUCUAACCUCCUGCUUCUGUUAUAACAUCCUUCUAACUCUUAUAACCUCCUGCUCCUAUUAUAACCUCCUUCGAAAUCUUAUAACAUCCUGCUCAAUCUUAUAACCUCUUACUCACUCCAGUAACCUCCUGCUCACUCUAGUAUCCUCUGCCUCACUCUUAUAACACCCUGUUUACUCUUCUAUCCUUACUAACCUUUGCUCACUAAUUAUAACAUCCUGCUCACACUUAAAACUCAACCUUAUAACCUCUUAGUAGUUCCUGCUUACUAUUAUAUCUUCCUGCUCACUCUUAUAACCUCUUACUAACUCCUUCUGACUCUUAGAGCCUGAUCUCUGAUAUAACAUUUUACUGACUCCUCUUACCUGUUCGAACCCCCCCACUUCUACUCCCUGUUAUAAGCUCCUUCUUAAUUUUAUAAGCUCCUAUUGACUCCCUGCAUGAUGUGUGAAUAAGGCUAACAUGCACUUAUACAAAAGGAAGAUGAUAAGUGUUUGCUGAAAACAUUUAAACACAGGCCUAAGCUUUCUCACAAUAAGAGUCUACACUUUAAAAAAAAAAGAAAAGAAAGAAAGACAGCAGCCUGGUCUCAGACGUGUUGCUGGCGACAUCUUCUGUACACGUGCAGCAUUGCGAGGUAUUGAACUGGACAGAUGAACGUUUUAGUAUUGAAUAUUAGGGAUGAGUAUGUAUAAAGGCAUGAGUCUGGUGGUAAUGCAUGAUUUCUCUUUAAACGGUAAGAAUAAUGAAGACAUUAGGAAUAUUAAGAGUCGGGGGAGGGGAGGGGGGUUCUAAAGAUUUUGGUAUGUGAAUGAUGAACUUAUGCUGUGUUUUUAUGGUUGUUGUUUUUUUUAUACACAUGGAAGCAUUUAGUAUUUCAAGUUCUGAGUGUAUUUGAUACUGGUCUAGUUGUAGGUGGUGUGCAUGUUCAGAAAAGCCAUUUCGGCAUGGGAAGUGUUUUAUAGGUGGAAUGUAAAGAUGAUGAUUUGCUACCAAGUGGUGCAGUGAGGUAUAUCGCUGCAGCAGUGCUGGUACUACAGCCGCUCUCCUCCAGCUGGUCUGCAGUUUUUCUAACCCUUUAGGUUUAUGAGGUUUUUUGGCAUUGCCACCAUUUUUUUUUUUUUUUUAAUAAUGGUUUUUUCAGAGAGAAUACAUCUGUUGGAUUUCUAUAGACUUAUUCGAACCUGCUUUUGCUGUAAUACUUAGCUUUAGUGCAAAAUGGCACUGUUCCUUUGCUCAGGGUCAGACCUGGUCACCUUCCUCUCCUACUUCUGCCUCUGUGCUGUUGUAUCACCUCCUUAAAAUGACAAAAAAAAAAAUUCCACACACAAUACAAUACAAUACAAUACAAUACAACAUGCCCUUGGUCUUUGUGACCGGCGUGAGCUUCAGGCUAAGUUCAGGGAUUUCACAGGUUACCAUUUCCAUACACCAUUAUUUGUACAUUCACAUGUGGAUACUAUAUGUAUAUAAUAGUUCCUCGGUUUGUAUAUAUCAGCGGGAAUGCAUCCUGUACAAUAACAAUAGCCGUGUUCAUCAAGAAUAGCCUUUUGGAUGAUUUGCUGCAGAACCACACUGAAAACCUAGCUGAUAAGAAAUCUCAUAACGAACCUGCUCAUGAUCAUGAACCUGCAGUUAGAAAGCAGCUCUGAUGUAAAGAGGAUGCUCUUCUCAGUCAUUUCCAUUCACUCGGAUACAGCUUGCCUCUAGGACUCGUACUUGUGAAACUCACCUCCCCCCUUUUUUUUCCCUUUUUUUUUUUUGGAUCCAGUGAAAAUGACCUUCACGACUCUCUCACCUGACAUUGGUGUGUAAAUAAGGGGCUUCAUUAGGAAUGUUUCUUGAAUGUCACGAGUGGCCUUGCUAUGUGUCUUCUUUGGGUGAGUGUGGAAUAUGGUAUUGGUAAA